AGUUGAUACAUGCAUACAUACAUACACACAUAUUAUAUAUAUAUAUCGAUGAGAGAUGACAAGAGAUGACAGACCUCAAAACAGUUUCAUGUUCACAACAUGUUUCAGAGCCUUUGCACCUCUCAACUCAGUUCUCACAAGGCCAUUGCCUUUGGGUCGAGUUGGUCGCACGAGUCGCACCCUUCUUUUGGGAAGCACCUUGGGAUUCGCCACUUUGGCACCCUUUUCACCAUUGGCGCCUUUGUUCCCUUUGGCUCCCAGCCUGGCUGGGCAACUGAAUUGUGAAGAAGCACAGGGAGCACAGCCGCAGGAGAUUGCAAAUGUUCCAGCACCAGGUGGCACCUCCAAGACAGAUUCCGCCAAACCCUUUUGCGCAAAAAAUGAUGCAAAAGACACACCAGUUGGUGGCAUUGGACGCAUCGCAGCAGCAAUGCUUUGUUGGAGUUUUUUUGCUGGAAUCUGGUUUGUAUCCAUCACGAUGCCAGCUGCUUUGAUGUGGUCUUUGGCUACCGCGAAGUGGAAACUGACGUCUGCUUUACUGGCGGCUUAUUGCUUCCCACACGUGAUAACAAUGCCUUCACUGCCUCAGAGUUGCAGCCAUGCAUUUUGGCACGGCGUACAGGGAUGGUUCCCUGAACUUGAAAUAGUCCACGUGGGCGAGCCGGAGCCAGAACCAAGCAGCCGAGAGCGACGCCUUUUUUGCAUUCACCCGCAUGGUAUCUACACCUUGGGGGCGUUGACCUUGCCUAACCACAUGCCUGAGAUCAGGCUUUGCAUUGCUCCUUACCUGUAUCACUUCGCACCAGCCUUUCGGAUAUUUGCAGAGCUACUUGGAGUGAAGCUGGGGUCAACAGGCCCCAGAGAUCUGAAGCAUUUAAUGGAGACCAAGAACACACCCAUGGCAAUCGUUCCAGGUGGCUUCGAAGAGGCAACAAUCACAUGCAGGGGUACGGAAAGAGUAUUCUUGAAAACACGCGGUGGGUUCAUCAAGUACGCACUCCGUCAUGGCUACGAUUUGGUGCCAUGCUUCACAGUCGGAGAUUCGGAUAUGUUCAGCAACCCGCAGGGUGCUUGGAAGUUCCGUUGGUGGUUGAAUGGGCUGUCUAUCCCGGCAGUUCUUCCUUUUGGCUUCCCAGUGCUACCAUUGCUGCCAAAGAGAGUACGGGUCAAGCUGGCUAUCGGUGCGCCACUCCACAUGCCACAAAUUCAGAACCCAUCAAGGGAGGACGUUGAGAAACAUCGGAAGAGGUAUCUUGCAGCUUUGAAGGCCACGUAUGAAGAGGCCGUCCAAGGUACUGCAAGUGCAGGACGUCCGUUCGAGGUUUGGUGACACCAGAUCCGUCAACCAAGAGAGGAAUCAGCAAGAGGUUCCUCAGGUUCCUCAGUGAAUGGUCUUGCCUUUUGUCCUGAUCUUCUCCCAAAGUCGGAGAAGUUAUUGCUCUGAUUUGGGAUAUAGUUACACAUGUUAUGGCGCGAGCAAGAACAA